CUCAUAUCCUUCACCACGAAUCAAAUUCAAGAUCCCGUUUUAUGUCCUGUUAAUUUACUGUUGAAUCUUCCGAAGGAUUGGUUGGAUUUUUUUUCGCUGUCACCGUGUGUGUUUUGGAUUUGGAUUUGUGUUGUCCUUGACCCGGCGACUGCACGCGGCGACCAGAGGGAGCGGGACCGGCAGAGGGCGCAGGCGCGGAAGCCCGGGAGCAAGGGCCGCGACGACGGGCUCACGCCGGAGCAGCGGCGAGAGCGGGACGCCAAGGCGCUGCAGGAGAAGACCGCCAAGAAGGCGGCGCAGGCGGGCGCCGCCGCCGCAGACGCCGCCAAGAAGAAGAACGCCGGCAAGAAAUAGUGGUAUACGGAUUUGGGCAUGGGAUCUGUACUGUUUGUCUCGCGAGCUGCUGUCCUUAUAGGACACGUCUGCAUGUUCAGAUGUUCUGAUGUAAAAUCGUUGCGGUCUGAAUUGGAUGUUCUCAUGGUACUUGCAAG